AAAUCACAGAAUUGUACUUCUGUGCGAGUGAAUCUUUUGAGUAUCGUGGGUAAAUUUAAUUUUUAAGUGCGCUGUAGUUGCGUCAAAGUGUUGGUUAACGUUCCGCUUGCGUGAAGGCCGUAAUAUCAAUGUUCUUUACGAAUCGUACUGUUUCGCGGUUCUUCUCCCUUGGGAAGCCAUGUUGCUACUCUAGACUGGGAGAAGCCGCUCAGAAACCCCGUGUGCGACAAACAUUUACUAGCGUUAAUGACAUCUCGUGGCGAAUGUUAUAAAUGAAGACAUGCCGUGAAAAUGUGAUGGGGCUUAGCAAUGGCAGCAAAUCCACUGGGUCAUGCAGCCGCAGGGAACGCAAAGCUGUCAGACAGCCAGGAUCUUUGCGCAGGCCAAGGACAACUUCUCGGGCACAGGAUUCAAUUCUUAUCGCAUCUGCACCUAGGAUGCCCUUGAUGCAUGCAGCAAAAGAGGUGUCGAAGAUCAGUGAAGAAAGCAAAGAAAAUUGGCAGAUGUCUCGAACUCCCCUGCCUGCUACUGCAUCUUCUACUGCUGCUCCUGUAGAAUCUAUACCAACAUAUGCACCCAUGGCUGCCCCUGUCAUGCCCUUGCCAACGCUACCUGCAGCUCCUCCUACACCACCUCCCAUUCAACCUGUGCCAGCUCCUGCUUCCACUGCCCCUCUUCCACUGGAGGAUGUAGUUUUCCCUCCCACACCUCCACCCCCGUCUUUGGGAGGUGAAGAGCAAAUGAAUGAGGAUAGUACAGCUUCUAUUGGCACACUGCCACUGUCAUGCAGAAACUCAGCACCGGACCUCACUUCUCUCUUAGAUGAAGAUGAAGAGGAGAUAAAAAAUAAAACUCUAUCAUGUGGUUUUGGAGCAUUACCUCCCUGUGUUGAGCAGCCCAUUUCCAUUCCGCAGUUUUGUCCUGGUCCAGCUCAGGCACCUGAGGCACUAAGCCCUUCAGAGGAACCUAAUGAAGAAGAGGAGGAAGACGAUGAAGAGGAUAUGGCAAUUGACAGCCUAGAAGAUGAUGAUGAUCUAGAAGUAGAUGCUGAUGCUGAUGCUGAAAUAGAUGCUGAUACGGAAGCUGAUGUUGAUGUGGAUGCAGAAGCAGAUGUUGAAGAUGGGGAGGAUGAAGAUGAGUUAGAAGAAGAUGAAGAAAUGCAAGACGCAGAUACUGGGGAGAGGGGAGAUUGUGCUGAGAGAACUUCAGGAGAGGAGGUGGCCACUAAUUCGGAGCCAGAAGAAGAAUGGGAACACUUUGAUCCCUAUUUUUUUAUCAAGCAUCUCCCACCGUUAACUUUAGAGAUGCGAGCUCGCUGUCCUGCAUUGCCUCUGAAAACUCGCAGCUCUCCUGAUUUUUCAUUGGUACUUGAUUUGGAUGAAACACUAGUACAUUGCUCUUUGCAAGAAUUGGAAGAUGCUAGUUUCAGCUUCCCUGUCCUCUUCCAAGAAUGUUCUUAUACUGUGUUUGUGCGCACACGGCCCUUUUUCCGGGAAUUUUUAGAAAGAGUUUCUGGCCUGUUUGAAGUAAUCCUGUUCACUGCUAGCAAGCGCGUUUAUGCUGACAAAUUACUGAAUUUAUUAGAUCCUGAUCGCCGUUGGAUUAAGUACCGUUUAUUCCGAGAACACUGUGUUUGUGUAAAUGGGAACUACAUCAAAGAUCUGAGUAUUCUAGGACGUGACCUAUCAAAAACAGUCAUUAUUGACAACUCUCCCCAGGCUUUUGGAUACCAAUUGGAAAAUGGCAUCCCAAUAGAAAGUUGGUUUGUUGAUCGUACUGACAGGGAGCUCAUGAAAUUGCUUCCUUUUCUUGAGGAUCUUGUGCACCGGGAGGAUGUUCGUCCACACAUUCGUGAUCGUUUCAAACUCUUCACGUUUCUUCCUCCUGAUUAAGUGGAAGUGCUGUGUAAAUCAAGAUUUUCAUCUGCAGUGUGCUAAUUCACGUGUUAGAAAAUUUGGUACUGAGCAAAAAUUGAACAGAAAUGUUAUAGCCAAAAGAUAUAAAUUAAUUGAUUGUUGUGUUAAUAAGGAAAUUUCAAAUGUAUGAAUCUAAUGAGCUAAGGUGACAGUUUAUCAUGUCUAGACAGUUCACGUAUAGUAUUUUGCAGCAUGGACUCUUAUGUCAGUGGCUUGAUUCCUUUGCUGGUCACUGAGCCCAGUGUGUGCGAAACUGAAGUUUUAAUUUGUGAUUGCAUUGAAGCUGCUGAACUGAUUAUUAAAUAAGCAGGCUAAAUGGUGCCCUAGUACAAAACAGAGCAGCUUAUCAAGUGCUCCUUGGUAUACUAUUAUAUAAUCCUCUCUUGCACGUGAGAAGGUAGUGCUUUCAGCUGGUGAGAGGAGUAGCGCAGUGUUGAUUGAAACAUUCAGAAGAAUUGCUUGACUUCAUAAUGUGCACAAUUUCAGUCAGUGCUUUAAAGUAGUGCAUUUUGUUUCAGUUUUUAACAGCUUUUUGUAUUAAAUUGUUGAAGUACAUUUAGUCCAAGAUCAUGUUAUUAAGCAUGUACAGGUAAGCAAUCACAUACAAUUUUGUAAACUUUUUUGUUACAAUUUUGAGUGAUUUCAUUUGUUAGAUGCAUAUACAAAAUAGAAGUUAUUAAAAUGAAUAGCUAUAUUUACAUUUUGUGUGAUGAUUGUAUACUGUUGGCAGAUUGACAGUAACAAACCUUACAUCGGCAGUUAAAUGUGAUAUAAAAAAUGUUUUGCAGCUUUUGUACAUUUUCUUUACUUUCAAUUUCCUUAGGAGAGUAAAGUUUGUGGGAAGAAGACUUUUUCACGUUGCAGGGGACUGUUGUGAAAGUGGCGUAGCAUCAUUUGUCAAGAAUUUUAGAUGGCAAAUGAACUACAACACUUCUUUUAUAGAGAAUAUGUAUUGGAAUUAUGGAAGUGAUUUGUUAUGAAAUUAAUGGUUAGCAGUGAGAGAACAAUCAAACAUCAUUUAUAGUGUAAGUGAGGAAUGAUACAGGAACUUAAGCAGGGUUUUUAUACGGCAAGUAUGGUUGUUAAGAUUGAACUUCAUGAAGUGUUUUUUUUUUUUAAUUUUUUUAUUGUGGCUAUUGAGAAAUUGUCUCUGAAUGGACAUGACUCUCCACAUUAAAGAUAAAGGCAAACCAAUAGUAAUAUAAGUUAAUAUAAUUAGAUAAGAAAUUGCUGAAAAUAUUUCUUUUUGAGUUCUUAAGGCAAAUUUCAUCAAUAAAUCCGUAAGUUGUUGUCUGACAAAAUUUAAAUAGCUAUGAUUCUUUUUGUGAUUUAACAGCACCUGGUGUGCUCAAUGCAAAAUGCCUGAAUUUCUGUGGCUGCCCAAAAGUUUGAAAACAAUCAUUGUAUCAAAAGUUGCUGUGUGACCACACUUUUAUACACUAUCAGUGCUUCACAUACUCCAUGUCAAAUUUGCUUCAACAGAUUCAUGUUUUUCUACAGAUUCGUAUUAAUUUUUGUUUUUAAGUAAGUGUCUAAUACGAGACAAUUUGUAAACAAAUAUUGUGGUAUCAGAUGGAAUUUACAGGCACAGCUGCCCAUUUGCUCAAGCAACUGCUAAUUUCUUUUGGUGUUAAUAGUGUCUGAAUGGUAUUAUCUUGAAAUUCCAGUAAUUUGCUUAUUUGAUCUUGUAAUUAGCUGAUAAACACUUAAUUGCCCAUCUGAUAGCUCAAACUCUACUCUGCUAAAAGAUGGUUUUUACAAUUUUCUAACUAAUUAAUUUUAUUCAUGAAAAAUUACAGCUUUUGAAUUUUUGAAAUUGCCUCUCGUACUGUAUUCCUGUGAUAUAUGAUUUAUUUUGCAUCUCUGGUAUUUACUUUUGUAGGAUAAUGAAAGUGAGUAAUGGAGGGAUUUUGGAACUAGUGAAACAGUAAAUUAUCAAACUUUCACUUAAAAAUAUUACAUACAGUUGAAAUGUUGCUUAACAAUUUUUCAAGAAUUACUUGAUAAUACAAAAACCUGAGUAUUGCAAGAUGGAGAAAUUUUUUCUUGCAAGUGCUCUCAAUUAUUUUAAUUAUUUAACAGAAAGAAUUAUAAUUCACAACAUUGUUUGACUUAGAGCCUUUGAGAUUUGGAGGUUUCCUUAUGUCUCCUGGAAGAUACUAAAAUAUUUGGGGGUCCAUGCAAAGAUGUAUGAUAUACUUGGAACAUUUUGAAAAGAUCUACUGGGAGAAAUAAAUGUGUAUGUGUUGUUGUAAAGAAAAACAUAUAUGCGGUACCCAAAGAAAAGAAUAACACCAUUUGAAUACAUGACAAUCUGCUGAUGCGUAUUCUGUAGCUUUUGUCUUCAUAUUUUUCUCAUUAUUUGAUAUUGCAUGUUUGGUAUUUCAUUGUAAUCUUUUGCCAGCGUAGUAAAUUAAGUUUUUAAUCUUAGUAUGCAACAUCCAUUUCUAUGAUUAUGAGUAAUUAGUAGCCACAUGCUUCCGUUUUGAAUUCAAAGCUUCUCAUGGACUUGCAGUGAUUUUAUAAAACCAUGAAGGGGAUUUGAAAACAUGGACAAUUUCCUUCAAAAUGAUAAACAUCAUGAUUUUAUAAUUUGUUCUGACAUAAUGUUUUUUCAUUUUAGGAAAAUGUAUUUUAUGUGGUUUCUUGUGAAAUAUGCAUGCAAGUCUGAUUCAAUACCCUCCCCCAGUACCAGGAAUUGUAUGGGGUGGUAAACAAUAUAUGCACAGGAUUGUAAAUAACACAUGUGCGAAGGUUUUCAUCUGCAAAAACUCAUAAAGACUCAAGAAGACAACAUUCAGAAUGUAACGUAACAAGGAUAAUGUCAUAUUCAUUAUAUUUUUUUAUUAUGUGGUCAUAUUUGUCAUUUGUUUUCACUGUGAUAUCACUUGCAGCACUGAAUCACUGCAAGUGAUGCUUUGAAUUUCUUUUCUUGCAACUAAUUUUCUAUCUGUGAUAGUGGUACCAUUUUUAUUUUUCCUGUUUCCACAGUAAAUGGACCAUAGUGGGCAAUGUCCCAUUAUUCCCAAAUAAGUUUUGAGCGAGGGCCUAUUUUCUGCUUUCAAAUCCGACAGUACCGAGUAUUAUUGCAUCAUGGUUCAAAGAAAUAACUUCACCCAUCUGCAUCUUCAAUCUUUUAGCACUGACAGGUUAUCAAUGUCAUUCUCUUUUUAAUUCUUCUCAAUUAUUGAAUGAACAGUGCAGUUGCAGAACAGGACAAACAUACCACCUCUAUUCAAAUCUUCUUUAAUUUUAAAUUACAUAGUUACAUAAGCAAGAUAUCUCAAGCUGCCUUAUAAGCCAUGUAAAUUUGAAGCAAAAUUAUUUAUAAAUAAUUAUCUGAUUAAUGAUUAGUAGCAAAAUGAUAAUUGAUCUUAAAUCCUUCUGGACACUAUUCAUUGAAUUGCUUUCUCUUUGUGGCAGGUUAGCACAAUAUAACACCAGUCAACAUAAUAUUUAGUGAACAUAUACUUCCUUCCAUUUAAAGAUGAUUCUCUCUGUGUAGCCAAGCCUGAAAAUCAAAAUCCUCUGCUUGAAGCAGUUAAAUCAAAUCAACAUUGAAAUAUUGUUAUUUCAGGGAUUAAUGAAGAAGGGAGUAUCUGAAAGCAAAGUAUAUUAAAUUUUUGGAGCGAUGUUUUAAAAAUUAAGUUCAUAGUGCUACUGAAGGAUUGGUAAUAUUUUUGUUUUAUAGCAUACUGUGAAUGGCUAUUUGGAUUUUUUGUACACAUCCUUCAAUCUCGGGAGUGUACUGGUCGCGUGUGCUCAAACUAGCAAGUUCAAGUAGCAAAUGUGAAUUGUCUUACACCUAAGUAGUGCAACAUUUAAUAAUAACUAUAAAAUAUUAGCAACCGGAAAUUGGUCCUGACCUUUGGGAUUCCUAAGCAGUUGUGUAGCAAUUGUAAUUAUAUGUGCCUUCUUACAUAUUGGAUUACAUAUCCCCAUUGUUUCUGAUUCCAUGAUCAGAUUUAAAUUAAUUUUAUAAGUCCCAAUGAUAUAAAUAUAAGGUAUUCUUUAAUUUGCUUCUUUGUUCAAUUUUAUUUAUUUAGAAAGAUUUGAGGACACCAGGUGCUCUCAAACUGUAAUGCUCAAGGGAUACAUGAUGGAGGUGGUGCCUGAACCAGUUCUAUAGGAAUCUAUUCAGUCUUAAUUUCUGUAGUUAUACAAAGUUAUGAUUAUUGAAAUUGAAGCUAAUACUAGUGUUUUGUAAACAUUCAUGCAAACAGAUUUUGUUGGGUUAUUAUCUUAUUACUGACUUUCACAUUCUUGUAGCUAUCUACUUCUUAAAGUAACAUUUUUGAUUAAUUGAAAAAUACCUAAAUAUUUCAGGGAAAUUUUAUUGUGAAGUAACAAUAAACAAGUUUCAUUGUGGGGUGAUUUGAAAAACAUUUAGAGUCCACGUUUGACCACAACUUUUUAAAUAAGUUUUUUUUUAGGGAGAUCAACAGCAUAACCCCUGUGAGGCCAUUUUCACCCCACUCUUAUUUGAUAUCAACAUUAGACUGGCAAUGAGUGAUUAUGUAGAUUGAUUUAUGUCAUGUCUCUGUACAAUAACUGAUAAUAUAACUUACUGACUUUACUUCUACAGGCUUGAGUAAAAUAUUGAUAUUUUUUGUGGUCUGUAAUAUAUUCACAAAGAACCUUCCUGGAGAUUAAUACUCUUAGAAUAAACAAUGUACUUCCUAUUGGUUCUCAGCUUAUUCAGUUCUUGGCAUACUGUUAACCUAUUGCUAAACUGGUUCCUUGUGGAUUUUUAAAAUAAACUAUAAAUAAUGUUGUAAUGGUUCAGAUGAAUACUUUCGAUUAACAAACCAACUCUGACUCAGAAUGUUAGGAUGCAGAUGUGUGAAAUUAAUUUUUUUGUAAGCUUGCUGUUUUUGGUAGGAACUGUUGCUGUAAAAAAUGUUUUUUCAUAAUUUUUCCUCAGUAUAAAUGUCCUAAAUGUACAAAAUCCAAAUUAUUAUUUUCUUGCACCUCUGGUAUUCUUGUAGCAAGUCUUGAUUUUCUUAGCAAAUUUAUGAAUUUUGUGUUGUAUAUUUUUAAAUUCAUAUGUAAAUAUAUUAUUUCAGUACAAGUUGAACAUUUUUUCUGUGAAGUAUCAUUGAAAAGAAAUGUUGCCUUCACUCACAUUACAUACAAAAUACAAUUCUUCCGACAAAAAUCUGUUCAAAUUUGGAAAACAAAUGAUACACAUUGAAUUCAUAAAAAUUAAUUAAGAGGAUUAAUAAUUAUGAAUUAUGGUAUAAUGUGAACUAAUAUGUUAUUAUGGUAAUUUUACCUGCACUUUCAAGUACUUAAAUUGAAAAUUUCAUUAUCAUCCUGGGGAAAAUAUUUUUUCAAAGAACUUCCUUUGAAGAGCAGAAAAAGGUCCAAUAUAAUUUUCAGAUAUUUUUAUUAGUUUGUAUGUUAAACUUAGGGUACAAAGCAAUAUAUUUUCUUGGUUAAUGAAUGCUUUUGAGCUUGGAUUUGUGAGGAUUUUUUUGUUUAAUGUGUGUAUGAAAGCACUUCUAGAACUACGUGUGGGAAGAGCAUCCUUGUGAAGUUUACUAUUGUGUGUACUAGUAAUGAAUAUGCACUUAUCAAUAUGCUAGUUGUCAUUAGUUUUUUUCUUGUAGUAUGCAAGAAAUACGUGAAAAAAAUUGACUUUUUGAGGUACAUAUUAGCUUUAAAGAUUUUGGUAUAUUGAGUUGAAACGACAUAGAUAUUGGAUUUUAUGCUGGAGAACUCUAUUCCUCUUCUGAACUUUUUGAAUAGCUCCCAUUUUAAAUGUUUUAGUAUAUUAAGGUGUUCAGAACAUCAAUAUUUCUUAAGUUAGAUUUCUGAACCACUUAAAGCAAGUGUGUGCUUCAUCAGAUUUGUUACUAGUAAUACAAUCAUGAAAAAUACUUAAAAUCAAAGGUGGCCAGAAAAGUUAAUGAAAGAUCUUUUAACAGGUAAGUCUCGUUUUGAAGAGCAUAAAGUAUUGCUUUAUUAGACUUUGGAAAAUGGAACUUGGAAGCGAAGAAUCAUUUUAGUACAAUUGUCUGUUAUAAAUUCUAUUAUUUUCCCCACUCCACCAAAAUGUUUUUUCAUGAAAUGUUCACUGAAGAGGUUUGCCUAUUCCGUUUUUUAAUAGUUCAGAGAAAAGUACAUUGACUAUCUGGAACCAUCUUGCAAAGAAAGUAUCAGUUAUGUACAGUAUUGAAUUUUUUUUUAAGAGGAUUAUCUUAAUGGUAACUUGUAAACAUCUGAAUUGAGCACUAUACAAUUAAGUUAUGUAUUAUGCUGCAAUAAUAACUAACCGAAUCUGUUGAAGUAGUAUUUAUUGUGAGAUGUAAGCAGUAGGUAAUCAAGAAAUCAUAUAACAUCUGUCAGAUUUGUUGUUCAAGUGCUGUAGUAUACUUAAAAUAUGAGAUUCUUGUAUUGGUUAUCUUUCAUACCAGUUUUGCAAGUUCAAGAUUUCUCAUGUAGAAUUUGGUCACAAAAAUUCAGUUUUUAAGUAACUUAUGGGCUCAAAACCAAUUUUGUUAAUGUUAAUUUCUUGUAUAUUAAUUUCAUCUGUAUUGUUACAUCUGUACUUUUAAAACAAAGUGAAAUCACAAUUAUGUAUUCCCUUUUCGGGGCUCAUUGCACUAUAAUGAAAAUUUUUGAAGUUGAGAAAUGAACUCUGAGCACAAAGUAUUUCUUCAAAAGAAAAGAAAUGUAUAAUUUUAGUCCUCGAGAUGAUCCAAUAAAGAAACUGAAAU